CGAGUGAUGUGUGUUUGGAGCAAUACUGGCUGUAUCCAAGGCUCAGCCAAUCGGUCACAUAACAGAAUGCAGCACGCGCCUGAAGAAAGAAGAGACACCAAUGUGUUAGUUUCAGCAUCCGCACGCGCUGAAAGAGCGGAGAGUGGAAUGGAAGUUUACCAGCUACAGCAGCGCAUCCCCUGGACAAUAACGAAGAGAAGACUGCAGAGGAGAGCUGUGGUGGCACUGACAAGGCAAGCCAAACUCAAACAGUAGGAGAAAUGCAGCCUCCUGGACUAAUGGGAAACUCUGAGGAUUUCUAUCUGGGGCUGUGGUAAUGUCUCUAGACAGACUAACAUUUGAAGGACAAACAAACUUACCAAAAAUAGAAAUAUUAGGAUUUUCCAAAAACUCUUGUGAAGGUUCAGACCACUUCUCCUAGGUCCAUCAGAUGUUUUUUUCAUCACAAUUUUUCGGACAAUUUUUCGGAUUAACUGGGACUGUCCCACUUAUGCUCUUAAAUGGAUUCCGUUGGCUCUCUGGUUAGCAUUCAAGAUGAGGACCAGUCCUAUCGUGUCCGAUACAGGAUGGAGGCGUCUUGUCUGGAGCUGGCCCUGGAGGGGGAGCGGCUCUGUAAGGUGGACGACUACAGCGCAGGGGUGUCCUUCUUCGAGGCGGCCAUCCAGGUUGGAACUGAGGACCUGCAGGUGCUGAGUGCCAUCUAUAGCCAGCUGGGCAACGCCUACUUCCACCUGCAUGAUUACGGCAAGGCCUUGGAGUUCCACCAUCAUGACCUCACCUUGACCAGGACCAUCAGGGACCAGCAGGGAGAGGCGAAAGCCAGUGGUAACCUAGGCAACACGCUAAAGGUGUUGGGUAGGUUUGAUGAGGCUUUGGUCUGCUGUCAGAGGCACUUAGACAUCGCCGUGGACCUGCACGACAAGGUGGGGCAGGCGAGGGCGCUGUAUAACUUUGGGAACGUGUAUCAUGCCAAAGGCAAGACCAUCUGUUGGAGUGGAGCGGAGCCUGGAGAGUUCCCUGAGGAGGUCAUGACUGCACUUAGGAAAGCAGCGGAAUACUAUGAAGCGAACUUAUCCAUAGUGAAGGAGCUUGGAGAUUGUGCCGCCCAGGGCCGAACAUACGGUAACCUUGGCAACACACACUACCUAUUAGGAGACUUCCAGAAUGCAGUGGCCUCACAUGAACAGCGCCUCCAGAUUGCCAAGGAGUUUGGCGACCGCUCGGCAGAGAGAAGGGCCUACUGCAACCUGGGGAACGCCUAUAUCUUUCUGGGGGAAUUUGAAGUGGCAGCUGAGCAUUACAAGAGGACUCUGCAGCUGGCCAGACUGCUGAAGGACCGGGCUGUAGAGGCUCAGGCCUGUUACAGUCUGGGAAACACCUACACAUUGCUCCAGGACUACGAUAGGGCUAUAGACUACCACCUCAAACACCUCAUCAUCGCACAGGACCUCAACGACAGGAUCGGUGAGGGCCGGGCGUGCUGGAGUUUAGGGAACGCUCACACAGCCCUGGGGAACCAUGACCAGGCCAUGCACUUUGCUGAGAAACACCUGGAGAUCUCCAAAGAGACUGGAGACCGGAGUGGAGAACUCACAGCCCGUAUGAACGUGUCAGACUUGCAGAUGGUCCUGGGGCUGAGCUAUAGAACCAACGACUCCACCCUGUCUGAGAACCCCAUCAAGGACAUUGACUACAACCUGCACGGGGCCAGGCCCAGGAAUGGCAGACGGCACAGCAUGGAAAACCUGGAGCUCAUGAAACUCACCCCAGACAAGAUCAACGCUCAGAAGUGGAACAGUGACAUCCUGACCAAGCAGUCUAAACCCACCCUGGCUAAGAGCUCCUCUAAGCUGUUCUUUGUCAGCCGUCUGCGGGGCAAGAAGCACAAGGCUGGGGGCUCCAGUAAAGUCCUGCAGGACACCAGUAACACCUCACAAACCCCCGCACAGGGACCACAGAAGAGGGCCAGUCCAGACAUGCUCGGGGACGAGGGCUUCUUUGACCUGCUGAGUCGUUUCCAGAGCAACAGGAUGGACGACCAGCGCUGUUCCAUACAGGACAAGAGCUCCUCUGACUCUCCAGCCAGAGCCAUGAGGAAAUCUGUGUCAGAGUCAGCGGCUGUAACAGGCCUGGGUUCUGGGUCUGGUUGCCGGUUAGAGGACGGUGGAGGGGCUGGGGGUAGUUUGCCCGUCCUUCGGGUCCACCAGAACAGAAGCCAGGCUGUCCUCAGCCACCUGAUGGCCAAUGCAGAUAACUCUGAGCCUGACGAUGACUUCUUCAACAUGCUCGUCAAGUGCCAGGGUUCCCGUCUGGAUGACCAGCGCUGCGCCCCUCCUCCGGCACGUGGCCCCACUGUCCCAGACGAGGACUUCUUCAGCCUCAUCAUGAGGUCCCAGGCCAAACGCAUGGACGAGCAGCGGGUCACCCUGCCCUCUGCAGCACGGCCAUGCUCCAACUGAGCCUUGCCCAAGGAGAGGCCCCCGAUGGCGGGGUGAAAACCCAGGAGAGUGGGCCUCUCUGGAGGUGGACAGUGUGGAAGAGGAAGGGUGUUUUGUAUUUGUCCAUAACAUUGAUGCUGUACUCAACAGUGAAUGGGGCUAUUUUACAUUGAAAAGUUAGUCAAUGGUCUUUUCUCUCCGUAACAGACACUGUGUUGCUUCCAACAAUAAUGGUUGUUGAUAAUCCUGCCAAUGGUGGGAUUCAGAAGUCUCAUGUUUCCCAGUUGAAAGCACUGCUAGCAUUAAUGUAGGUGCCAAUAGGGAACAGUCAGGAACUCUAAAAGAAACCCACUGAAGGGUUCUAGAAUAUGGAACCAUCUUUCCUUAUGGGGAAUACUCGACCUUGCACUCUACGAUCUGGAACUGUACCGGACAUGUUGUGAAAUUGCACAGACAAGCAUGGAUGCCCUGAACCUACUCAUCUUAUGUUUAACAAUUAUGUACUCCAUAUAAUUUUACUACCAUUUAUUUCUAAGCUCUUGCGUACUGCCGUUACACCUACCCUUGUGGUUGAUUUGAUUUUUGCACCAGAUUUUUCUGACGUAGCCUAGACUGUUACAGCACUCUUUCCAGCAGGUAGCCUAGCGGUUAGAAUGUUGGGCCAGUAACUUAAAGGUCGCUGGUUCGAAUCCUGAGCCGACCAGGUAAAAAAAAAUUCUGCCGAUGUGCUCUUGAACAAGACACUUAACCCUAAUUGCGUCUAAUGUAUUUAAUUGUCAUGAAUGGGGGGGGAGAUACCUCAUUUAGGUAAGGAUUUUUAAAAAGAAAAUGCUCUCGGGCUUAAUCUUUGAUAAAAUAAUGAAUUUACCUGUGGAUGUGUACAGUCCCUGAUGCUCUUCUGUACUUCCUAUAUUUUCUGACAGGAAUAAAGCUACAUUUAUUUAGUA